UUCCCGCUGUCAGGAUGAGGAGGCGGAGGUCGGCGCUCGGGUCCGUUUCUGCCCGCGGCUGUGGAGGCGCCGGUGGCUCCAGCCUUAGCGGUUUCUCCCUGGGCGGCGGCGGCGGCGGCGGCUUGGUCGACGUCUCUCUCGACAGCUGAACCCCCAGGAGCCCGGACGCUGCUUCCCUGCCCAUCCUCGAGAAGCGAGGCCGGCCGCCAGGCCAUGGCGCAGCCGGGCCCGGCUCCUCAGCCUGACGUUUCUCUUCAGCAGCGGGUAGCAGAAUUGGAAAAAAUUAAUGCAGAAUUUUUACGUGCACAGCAGCAGCUUGAGCAAGAAUUUAACCAAAAGAGAGCAAAAUUUAAAGAGUUAUAUUUGGCUAAAGAGGAGGAUCUGAAGAGGCAAAAUGCAGUGUUACAAGCUGCACAAGAUGAUUUGGGACACCUUCGGACACAGCUGUGGGAAGCUCAAGCAGAGAUGGAGAAUAUUAAGGCCAUUGCCACAGUUUCUGAGAACACCAAGCAAGAAGCUAUAGAUGAAGUGAAAAGACAGUGGAGAGAAGAAGUUGCUUCACUUCAGGCUGUUAUGAAAGAAACAGUUCGUGACUAUGAGCACCAGUUCCACCAUAGGCUGGAGCAGGAGCGAACACAGUGGGCACAAUAUCGAGAAUCCACAGAGAGGGAAAUAGCUGAUUUAAGGAGAAGGCUGUCUGAAGGUCAAGAGGAGGAAAAUUUAGAAAAUGAAAUGAAAAAGGCCCAAGAGGAUGCUGAAAAACUUCGGUCUGUUGUGAUGCCCAUGGAGAAGGAAAUAGCAGCAUUGAAAGAUAAACUGACAGAGGCUGAAGACAAGAUUAAAGAGUUGGAGGCCUCAAAGGUUAAAGAACUGAACCAUUAUCUGGAAGCUGAGAAAUCUUGUAGGACUGAUCUAGAGAUGUAUGUAGCUGUUCUGAAUACACAGAAAUCUGUUUUACAGGAAGAUGCUGAGAAACUGCGGAAGGAAUUGCACGAAGUUUGCCAUCUUUUGGAGCAAGAACGACAACAACACAACCAGUUAAAACACACUUGGCAGAAGGCCAAUGACCAGUUUCUGGAAUCUCAGCGUUUGCUCAUGAGGGACAUGCAGCGAAUGGAGAUUGUGCUAACUUCAGAACAGCUCCGACAAGUUGAAGAAAUGAAGAAGAAAGAUCAGGAGGAAGAUGAACAACAAAGACUUAAUAAGAGAAAGGAUCACAAAAAACCAGAUGCUGAGGAAGAAAUGAAAGUGCCAGUAGUGUGUGCUUUAACUCACGAGGAAUCUUUAGCCCCUCUAUCAAAUGAAGAGGAACAUCUUGACAGCACCCAUGGUUCAGUCCAUUCCUUAGAUGCAGACUUACUGUUGCCAUCUGGAGACCCAUUCAGUAAAUCGGACAAUGAUAUGUUUAAAGAUGGACUCAGGAGAGCACAGUCUACAGACAGCUUGGGAACCUCAGGUUCCCUGCAAUCCAAAGCUUUAGGCUAUAACUACAAAGCAAAAUCUGCUGGAAACCUGGAUGAAUCGGAUUUUGGACCAUUGGUAGGAGCAGAUUCAGUGUCUGAGAACUUUGAUACUGCUUCCCUUGGGUCACUGCAAAUGCCAAGUGGGUUUAUGUUAACCAAAGAUCAGGAAAGAGCAAUCAAAGCUAUGACACCAGAACAGGAAGAGACGGCGUCCCUCCUCUCCAGUGUCACCCAAGGGAUGGAAAGUGCUUAUGUGUCCCCUAGCGGUUAUCGAUUAGUCAGUGAGACGGAAUGGAAUCUCCUGCAGAAAGAGGUACAUAAUGCUGGCAAUAAACUUGGUAGACGUUGUGAUAUGUGUUCCAAUUAUGAAAAACAGUUACAAGGAAUUCAGAUUCAGGAGGCUGAAACAAGAGACCAGGUGAAAAAGCUACAGGUGAUGCUAAGGCAAGCAAAUGACCAGUUAGAGAAGACGAUGAAAGAUAAACAGGAAUUAGAGGACUUCAUAAAGCAGAGUACUGAAGAUUCAAGUCAUCAGAUCUCUGCGCUUGUCCUAAGAGCCCAAACGUCUGAGAUCUUACUUGAAGAGUUACAGCAGACAUUUUCCCAGGCAAAGAGAGAUGUUCAGGAACAGAUGGCGGUGCUGAUGCAGUCACGGCAACAGGUUUCAGAAGAGCUGGUGAGGUUACAGAAAGAUAAUGACAGUCUGCAGGGAAAGCAUAGCUUGCAUGUGUCAUUACAGCAAGCAGAAGACUUCAUUCUUCCAGACACUACAGAGGCACUGCGCGAGUUGGUGUUAAAGUUCCGAGAGAACAUCAUUAAUGUGCGGACAGCAGCAGACCACAUGGAAGAAAAACUGAAGGCCGAAAUACUUUUCCUCAAAGAACAGAUUCAAGCAGAACAGUGUUUAAAAGAAAACCUUGAGGAAACUCUGCAGCUAGAAAUAGAAAACUGCAAGGAGGAAAUAGCUUCCAUUUCCAGCCUAAAAGCUGAAUUAGAAAGAAUAAAAGUAGAAAAAGGACAGUUGGAGUCCACACUAAAAGAGAAGUCUCAACAGCUUGAGAGCCUUCAAGAGAUGAAAGUCACUUUAGAAGAACAGUUGAAGAGAGAGACUGCUGCUAAGGUUACUAUUGAACAACUAAUGUUUGAAGAGAAGAACAAAGCUCAGAGGUUGCAGACAGAACUGGAUGUCAGUGAACAAGUCCAGAGAGAUUUUGUAAAGCUUUCUCAGACCCUUCAGGUGCAGUUAGAGCGGAUCCGGCAAGCAGACUCCUUGGAGAGAAUCCGGGCGAUUCUGAAUGAUACCAAACUGACAGACAUUAACCAGCUCCCUGAGACAUGACACCCUCGUAGCAGGACUCUAGCCUGCAGUUUGGGUUUUUAACUCGUCUUUAGAGCAACAUUAAUUAUUUAACUUUUAACUGAAGAAGUCACAAAAAAGGAAGACUGAAGAAGUCCUAUUUCUUGCAGGGAGACUGAGCAGCACAGGAACAGCAAACAGCCCGUGUAAUCUGCAGCAAAAAGACCUUUCAGAUGGGAACACUAAGGCCUCUGCAUUGAUCUCAGCAGCUGUGGGGUCAGGUGUGGGGAAAAAAGUCCUGCUGCCUCGCUUGCUUCACCUGACAUGUCCCUGAAGCACCAUCCCAGAAGUGCUGGGAGUCCCAUUUUCUGUUCAGAUAUUGGAAAAGAGAGUUUUCUUUUUCUAUUGUCUAGAGUUCAUCAGUAACAGUAUUCAGCUAACAGACAGAGGUGUAGUAUCUGUAUGAAAUUUUAUAUUAAAAUUUAUAGUUUGAGAGCAGGCCAUUGGCUAGUGACUGUAUGUCCAUAGCUCAGUACAUUUUCCUUUUGUCUUACCAUUUUAUCUUGUGCUGGAGGAUCUUAAGUGCUACUGAAACUUGCCUGAGAACCAAUUUGAGAACUGAAUUGUGAGAAUUUGCAAACUUAGCUGGGGCUGUAUGCGUUAGACGUUGAGGUUAAAGGGAAGCACAAGAAACUGGAAGCACUUUUCCUGUUACCUGGACGAAUUUCAUGAGCCCACAGGGACCAGAUCAAGCUGAAUUGGCACCAUCUACUCUUUUGGUAAAUACUUAGUUUAGUUACUGGGUCAGUGGAAAAAAUAAAACAAGCUGACAGAAUAUAGCAUAAAUUUAUAAAUCUGCUGCUCAUUUGUAGUUCGAGUCAAUGGUCCUGAUUACUAUUUGUUUCAAAAGUAUCAAAUAUAAAAUGGUGGUAACUAGGUUUGACAGCUAUUUUGUAUUUUUCUUUUAUAACAUAGACCUGGAGUGUCAAUGUUGUAAAAGAAAAUGCAAUGGUGAAGCUGGGGAAGACCCAGUUGGUGUUUCCCUCAGUUUAGAAAUCUGCCCUGUCAUUUCUGUGAGGGCCGAUUGCUUUCCUGCACGUGGAAAGCAUCAGUAAACAGGAAGCAAAAGAAUGAUGUGUCCACUCUACCUGCCGCAGUAGUUAGCCAAUGGAAGCUAUGCUGCUUAAUUGGUCAAUGCAGUUCAAAAGUAAACUGUUUCCAAGUAAUUUUUGUGGUCGGUGCUGCCUAAGAGGAGGGUGCUUGAAGGAACCCUAUGGAAAUUCAGUGGUGGCUCAGAGCCACCAUCAACCUGAAGUGAAUUGUCUGUCACAGACCAAGUAUUCAUGGACUACCCCAAAGACCUUUUCUCUGUCUUCCCAUAGGGCAAGACGAAGCACUACAUACCUCAUUCCUUGGGUUAUUGCUAGUCUUGUGUCCAUGGUUAUGAAUUUAAAAGUAAAUACUAUUGAAAUAGUGUUAUAGGCUUGCCAUGCAUGAAACAUUAUUUUAAUUGGCUUAAACCUUUGUUCAAGUUCUACUUCAUUUAGAGGAAGCAUAUAUCCUCAUUGAGUUACAGGGAAUUUUUAAAUUCCAAAGUGCAAUGAAUUUUUAAAUGUAAGAUUAGUCCCUCAUUUUACAUUAGGAAAAUGUAAAAUUAGCACUGGAAAUCAGGAAGGGUAAAUCCAUGAUCUUCCCAAAUGAACUGAAAUACAACUCCCAGAGAACUGCUCUGCUGAGGCUGGGCACCUUGCAUGUACUUCUCCUUAAGAGGCAUUGGGCUGAUAAAAUCGUAAUUGGGGAACAGUGGUUACUGGUUUCUACUGUGGCAGAUCCAAACUGUUGCAACCCACUUUGUUGAGAAAAGCUGUCUAGAAAAACCCAGACUGAGACCCCAUGUUUUGUUAACAAUCUAUUUCUAGUAUGGAACAAACUAUUGUGCCACUGUCCUGGUAGGAAACAUUUCUUUAAACUGGGUUUUCUGUAUGAGUGGGAAGCUGAUUUAGAAGGUAGAUUUAGCCCUUGUAGAUAAAGGAUCAGUUAGGUUUCACAAGUGUUCCUGUGCUUGUCCUCAGUCUGUACACAAGUUCUCAUGCAUGUCUAACCUGAUUUACCUCUUUCCUAUAACGUACCUUACCAUGUGGCUUUUAAUUGGCAGUCACUCAGCCAUUUCUAGGCAGGUAACAGUAUUACCUUUCAGAAUUCUAUUGGCAGGUAUAAAAAGAUUACAUAAAGCUGAGGAUAAAACCAUAUACUGUACACCAAGCUAUGUUUCUGCCUUUGAGGUCUUACACCUACUUAUGCACGUGUCAGGACACAGAGCAUAGCCCUGCCCAGUGCUGAAAGGUCACACUGCCUGACAAGGAAAUAAGCCAGCAGUGGCCUUGCAACUGUGGAUGUUGAGCUCGGCUCUGAGUGGGUUUCAGGUGGAAAUGUUAACCGUACCUAAGGUGUGUUCUUAAGAAAGUUCAAAUUAAAAAGCUGCUGCCUAGUA